UCCGGUCAGGCAUGAGUAUGAAAUUCAAAAUCUGGUUUCCGAGCCCGGAAAUAUCUCAAUUUUUUAAAAAACAUGUAAUUCAAUUAAAUAUAGACACAACAUUGCCCGAAUUAAAAACUACAACAACAAUCCAACCAACAUUAUUAACAACAAUAAUUAAACGGUUUUGUCUGCCGAAUGAAAUUUUUGUUGAAUGUACAAAACCUUCUUGCGAACCAACAUGCCAUACCGUCUUUAAUCAGACCACUCCGUGUUAUUCAGUCUGCGGUCCACCUGGGUGUCAAUGCAAACCGGGAACUGUUCGGUCGGGCAAAUAUUGUAUUAGGACUAAUUUUUGUCCUGGAGGUUAG